UCCCCAUCAUCCCCCCACCCAGCCACACACGCCGAGUACAGUAAACUCCCCUCGUGAUUGAGUCUCACCAUGUCGACAGGGAAGCGCGGAAACUGGCGCGAUGCGUAUCUCGAGCGCGGCGAGCGCGAGCGGCAUUGGAGCGAUCGCGACCGGGAACGCGAGCGAGACAGGGAGAAGGAGAGGAGGACACAUGAUCUUCAUGACCGCAGCUAUCGGGACAACGAUCGAGUAAACGAACGCGAUUGGCGACGGCACGACCAAGACAAGCGACAGCGUGACGACGCCGAGGAGGGCGAGAUAACCUCUCCACCCCGAAGGGCCAGUCCAAACCGCCCAAGCCCGCGCAGUAAUCAGCGCCGCCCUCCACCAAUUUCUCCUCGUCGUGAUACUCGUUCGCCGCGUGCUGAUCGUGAGCGCGCGUAUAGCCGUGAACCAGAGAGGCGUGGUAGCUUCGGACGCCACGACCGCAACCUCAGCCGUGAACCGGAUCGCCGCAGCAUCCGUGAGCCAGAGCGGCGCGGGAGCUUUAGCCGCGACCGUCAUGCCAGUCGGGAGCCAGAACGUCACGAGAGCCGUGCCCCGCCGUCAAAGAAGGUGAGGUUGGCUGAGCCCGAGCCUGAACCGGAACCGGAACCGGAGCUGCCUGCAGAGGAAGAGGAUAUCGAGAAGAAGCUCGAGGAGAAACGUCGGCGGCGUGAGGCCAUCUUGGCGAAAUUCCGCGCAGGUGAGGGCGCAAAGCCGUCACUUAGCGCUGUUGACAGCGCCGCGGGCUCACCGAGUACGCCCGCGCAGCCGCUACCUUCUGGGGCGGAGAGCGUUACUAGCAAUGGCAUCAACACAGAGUCUGGCGCAACUCCACUUCUCAAAGCGCUUGGGACCCGAUCCCUUACUGGAGCACCCAUCGGCGCCAUCCUCCCCAGUGGGAGCGGCGCUGCCACGCCUCUCGGUUCGGAACCAUCGCUCCCAUCCACGCCCAUGGGCAAGGACUUUGAUCUCGAAAAGCAUGGUGAGAAACACGAGUCAGGUGAGGGUGUAUCGGCCGCGGAAUAUGACGACGCGAGCGACAAGGCAGAGCGAGGAGCGCGGGUCGACCCGAACAUCAAGGCUCCGCCUGCCGAUGAUGAAUGGGAGGAGGUCGAGGUCGAGAUCGAUGACGAGGAGGACGACAUGGACAUGUUCGCGGCAUUCGGCGACGAAGAGCCCGCGAAGAAGAAGCGCAAGAUCACAGUGCGUCGGCGCAAGGACGGCACGACGGUCGAGGCACCCCAGGUGCAGGCUGCCUUGGAUGUGGUGGACAACGUUGACGACACGGAGGGUUACUAUCGUAUCACCCCGGGCGAGAUCCUUGACGACGGACGAUACCAGGUUACUGUUACGCUGGGCAAGGGCAUGUUCUCGGCCGUCGUUAAGGCCAAGGUUCUCAAGGCGGUUGGAGGGGAACGCGCUGCGGAUGUUGUUGGCCGCGAGGUGGCCAUCAAGCUCAUGCGCUCGCAGGAGAGCAUGUACGUCGCUGGCAAGAAGGAGGCUCAGAUCCUUAAGCUUCUCAACGAUGCCGACCCGGAGGACAAGAAGCACAUUGUUCGCAUGGAGCGCACUUUUGAACACAAGGGUCACUUGGCGAUCGUCACUGAGAGUCUCAGCAUGAACCUUCGUGAUGUGAUCAAGCGCUUCGGCAAAGACGUGGGGCUCAACAUGCGUGCCGUCCGCGCGUACGCUCAUCAAAUGCUGCUCGCACUCUCUCUUAUGCGCAAGUGCUCUAUUGUUCACGCGGAUAUCAAGCCCGACAACGUCCUAGUAAGCGAGAACAAGGCCGUGCUCAAGGUGUGUGAUCUUGGCACAGCUGCCGAGGUGUCCGAGGGCGAGAUCACGCCGUAUCUUGUCUCACGCUUCUACCGUGCGCCGGAGAUCAUUCUCGGCCUGCCCUACGACACCGCCAUCGACAUCUGGGCCAUCGGCUGCACGCUCUUUGAGCUGUACACAGGCAAGAUCCUCUUCCCAGGCCGGAGCAACAACCACAUGCUUUUGCUUCAGCAGGAGACGAAGGGCAAGCUGCCUCACCGGAUGAUUAAGAAGGCGCAGCUGGGCGCUAUGCACUUCGACGAGAAUAACAACUUCCUCUCCGCCGAGAAGGACCGCAUUACCGGCGCGGAUGUCGUCAAAACCGUCGUGAUCAGCAAAGCGACAAAGGACCUUCGCUCGCGUCUCAUGCCCAGCUCGAGUGUACAAGCCAAGAUGGGCGUCGACGAGCUCAAGCAGCUGCAGCAGUUCGUUGAUCUGCUCGACAAGUGUUUGAUGCUGGAUCCGGUGCGGCGCAUCUCGCCGCGCGAGGCGCUGCUGCACCCGUUCGUGACGGGACAGCAUGCGCAUCAUGGUUGAGGGGGCGCGCGGUGGAAAAAUGACGGGAAGCGAGAUCAAUACGCGAUAGAUGAAGUAAAUGCGACUAAGACUGCAUGUAGGAUACGCAUGGUGCUGUGCUGAUGCUCAAAAUUCAACCAACCGCCUCAGAUUGUACUGGGCAAGCAAGCAAACGUCAUCCACCCUCAUCAUCGCAUACGGCUCACGACCAUAUAUCGUGGCUCCGUUUACCACUCACUUACUGCACGGAGGCGUCUAGAGAUACGCGAAACUGAUGCGAUGCAUACUAGUAUACAAUGAGUGCCAUGG